CCGGUGUGCCUAAAGUCCGCCCUCUGUGAAAUGGGUUUGCUGGUGGACAGUAGAUUAUGUUGACUCACACGUGUUAAGGGCUUUUCCGUGUUUUAAAAGAGACUCAAUUCGAAUCAGCAUUUAUCCCCUCCGUGUUUAAAGUUCGCUCCGUGUCUGACAGACUCGCCGGGACGCGUCUUUCAUCGGUGUUUGUUCGUUUGUUUCGAAACUGCAGCAGCGUUAGCAGCCCGUCGGCUAGCAGCAGCAGGCUAACACACCGGUCUGCGCUCAUCUAAGGGCCACUGCACACUGAAAUGUGACAAGUACCUAGUUUGCACAGACGUUUCACCUGUCUUUGAAAUCAGCAAACCGGAUUUCUUUAGUAUUAGGUGCUUUUCUUUCACGAAACGCAUACACCAUGGGGGCUUACUUGUCUCAACCCAACACGGAGAAGACCGCAAGCAACGGCGGGAAUGAGAGCAUGCUCUUCGGCUUCGCGGCCAUGCAGGGCUGGCGAGUGUCUAUGGAGGACGCGCACAACUGCAUCCCAGAGUUGGAUGAUGAGACUGCGAUGUUCGCGGUCUAUGAUGGACAUGGAGGUGAAGAGGUUGCUCUGUAUUGCUCCAAGUACUUACCUGACGUCAUUAAAGAGCAGAAGGCGUAUAAGGAUGGCAAACUGCAGAAGGCUCUGGAAGAUGCGUUCCUGGCUAUAGAUGCCCGAAUCACCACAGAGGAAGUCAUCAAGGAGCUCGUUCAGAUCGCUGGACGUCCUCAGGAAGAAACGGAAAAAGUAGCAGAUGAAGAUGAUGUUGAUAAUGAAGAAGCAGCUCUGCUGCAUGAAGAGGCCACCAUGACAAUUGAGGAGCUGCUUAGCCGCUUCGGACAGAACCAAAACAAAAAUGCCAAAAAGCCGUGUCCAGGUGCCUCUAAAGAGUCUGAGAAGGGAGAGAAAUCUCGUGCUGAGAAGGGAAUCAAUGGUGAGACGGAAAGCGGGGCUUCUGAAGCCGACAGCAAUGGGAAGGAGAAGGCAGCCGGUGCUGGAGAUGCGGCCGGAGGCUCCAAGAUGAGGGCCUGCAGACGGGCGGCUGUGUCCGGAGGUGGCUCUGCUUCUGAUGGAUUCGCUGAGAAGUCUGGGUCGACUGGGGAUGCCGGUCCUUCCUGCUCCUCGUCUGCAGCUCCUGCUCCAGGAAGUGCCAAGUCCAGGUUCUUUGAGGACUGUGAAGAGUCGGAGGAGGGAGAAGAUGAAGAGGACGGUAGUGAGGAAGAGGACUGCAGUGAGGAGGAUGGUGAACACAGCAGUGAGAACGAUGAAGAGGAUGACACAGAAGAGGGAGAGGAGGAGGAUAGUGAUGAAGAGGAGGAUAUGUGCUUGCCGGGGAUGGACGGAAAAGAGGAGCCAGGUUCAGACAGUGGCACCACAGCUGUAGUUGCUCUUAUUCGUGGGAAGCAGCUCAUCGUGGCCAACGCUGGAGACUCCAGAUGUGUGGUGUCUGAAAAGGGAAAGGCGGUGGACAUGUCCUAUGACCACAAGCCAGAGGACGAGCUGGAGCUGACCAGAAUAAAGAAUGCUGGUGGGAAGGUGACGAUGGACGGCCGUGUCAAUGGAGGCCUGAACCUCUCCAGAGCGAUUGGUGAUCACUUUUAUAAAAGGAACAAGGUUCUUCCCCCAGAGGAACAGAUGAUCUCUGCUCUACCUGAUGUCAAAGUGCUGACUCUCAAUGAAGACCAUAAGUUUAUGGUUAUUGCCUGUGAUGGCAUCUGGAACGUGAUGAGCAGUCAAGAAGUGGUGGACUUUGUAAAUGAGAGAUUGAAAACUGAGGCUGGUAAAAACAGACCCCUGUCUGCCAUUAUUGAAGAGCUGCUGGACCACUGCUUAGCACCAGACACUUCAGGAGAUGGUACAGGAUGUGACAACAUGACCUGUAUAAUUAUCACCUUCUCCCCACACCUUGGGAGCAACAUAGAGGGGAGCACCAAGAAGCGAAAGCCAGAGGAGGAAAACGGCAACGACAGCAAAAAAUCCAAAACUGAAUAGAAGAGCCGUUCCUGAAGGUGCUGAUUAUUUUCAGGACACUUUCCCCUUUGAAUUCAGACCACUGGGAAAAUUUUAAGGAUAGCUCUAUAAGAAAGAGCAUUUUAGUUUUCAACGAUUCAAAGAUGCACGCAACUAGAACUGUUAACCCAGACCAUUUGUUCUUUGUUUUUUGUUCCGAUUUGUUUAAUAUUCCCGUCGACGACGUCUGUAAUUGAUAACUGAAUGAUCGAAGCGCAGUAUGGUAGCAGAGGUGAUGACACACGAGUCUGUGUCCUCCUGAUGUAUCCGUCUUGUCCAUCGUACCCUCGUUUAUGUACAUAGUGUUUUUCCAGUAACCAUCAGCUUGAUUUGAAUGCUCUUUUUCUUUUCUUAUUUUCAGUAGUGGAUCAUUGUGUCAGUAUUUGUGACCUUUUUAUUUUCUGAACACCAGUAUGUAAUUGAUCAAAUAAAUUUUUUUUU